AUAUAUGUUCUAAGGAACACCAUGCUAAAGGUAUUUGAAAUAAAAUGAAAAAAAUGUGGAAGGAGAAAUCUAUAAUGUUUUAACGACAUCAUUUUGUUUCAACGACAAAUAUGGUGUUGCUAGAAUGCUUUUAAACGCCAAGUAGUGCAGCCAAAAUUUUUCUUUAAUAGAUUUGAAGCGAAAAUAGUGUCAAACGGAACACAUCUAUAGUUAAAAGUUGCUACCAUUUUUAACCUAAAAAUGACAGCCGCAAGCGUGGAAUGUGGCGAUUUUUUAGAAUUUCAGAUAGCAGUAUGCCAACAGUAUGCCAAUUCAAUCAUGACUUCGCAGUAGAUUUUACUGCGUCUUCGUUAAACUUAAUUUCUGGCAGCACAGCUCUUGCCAAUAUAAUAUAACAAAGAAAAUUGACCAAAAAUAGAGUAUUAUUUGCUAUUACGUCGUGACAGCAGAUAUGUAGCAAAUAUCGAGCGAAGUCUACUAUAUCGGAUAUUGACGGCAGAAAUCAAACAUGGCCUGUCGUGUUACAAUGUGACGGCAGAAACGCGACAAGAAUAAAACACAAUCUAUCCCAUCAACUAUUAAAAGCAGAAACGCAGGAAAAGUCAAGCAUAGUCUGCUGCUGCUAUCACAAUGUGACAACCAAAACAUGGAUACAUUAAAAAAAAUGCGACUGUUAGAUGACAAAAUAAUUUACAUGUUGAAUACUACAAUUCCUACUGAAUCCUUCAAAGGCCAAGUGGAUCCUAAUGCACAAUGUAAAGAUUUAUUCCAACAAAUAAAAUCCGUGCAUACACAAAGAGAACAAGCAAUCAUGAAGUGUUUGAACAUCGCUAAGGAAAGAGUAAUACAAUUAAAAAAUUUGAGAGAGAAUGGUGAUGAAAGACUAACAUUAAUAAAAAAUUUGAGAAAUGAACAAACUACAUUGAGAUUAUUAAAAGCUGAGCUUAAUAUAGAGGAAGUUAUAAAAAAACGUACAGUACAAAUUUAUUAUGAAAGAUGCCGUGGAUUUUAUAAACCAUCACAUGUGAACACAUAGAAGUAGCAAAUAAAUAAGACUGAAAAUAUAUUGGUAUAUCGGUUAUCUAAUUGCUAUAUUAUAUGAGUUGUUACAAUAUAGUUAUGUACAUAAUAAUUUUGUAAACAUUAAUAAACAUUAGCAAUAAUUUGUUUAUCUCCAGAAUCAUUGUUAUUUUGUAAUGAAGAUAUACAAUAUAUACUAAUUCUCUCUCUCUUUUAUGAGCGAGAAUUCCAACUGUACCAUCUGCAAGAAUAAAUAAAAAUAUGAUAUACACAAAUCA